UUAUCAUCCAUCAUAAUCAAACCUAAUUGAGCUGGGAGACAGGCCAGAGAGAUGAGAAAGAAAAAAAAAUAGGUUUUUUUUUUAAAAAAGCAAAUCUCUCUCUCUCUCUCUCUCUCUCUCUCUCUCAUUUUCCAGUACUCCAUCACUCUCUCCCUCUUUUAUUCACUUCUCUUCUUCAAUAAUUUUCCCACACACAUUACCCUCUUUCAUGGACCUCUCGCCCUCCCCCGUGAUUCCACCUCCCUUCUAAACUCCCUAAUCCCAUACCUUAAUCAAUUCAUCCAUUUCAUGUAUGACCUUCUCUUCCUCUAGUUCUUCACCCUCACGGCGACAGUCAUGCGCUCCCCUCACUCACUCCGCAACGGCGGCGGCGGUGGCGGUGGUACACCAUCUCCUCACGCACGUAUUCCUACUCCUCACCAUCACUUUCACUCCACUGUCUCCGUUCAGAAACUCAAACGCUUCAACUCUCUCAUCCUCGUCUUCCGUUUAUCUACCUUCUGUUUCUCCCUCGCUUCCGCUGUUUUCAUGAUUACUAACUCUCGUGGCUCUGGAUCCGAUUCCCCUCGCUGGUACGAUUUCGACGCCUUCAGGUAUGUUUUUGCGGCGAACGCCAUAGUUGCAGUUUACUCAUUGUUUGAAAUGAUCGCUUCCGUGUGGGAAAUCUCAAGAGAAGUGACUUUAUUCCCUGAGAUUUUGCAAGUUUGGUUCGAUUUCGGCCAUGACCAGGCGUUCGCGUACCUUCUUCUGUCUGCAGACUCGGCAGGGACGGCUCUUGCGAUAACUUUGAAAGGAACCGACACGUGCAAGGUAACGAGUGCAUUUUGUGUUCAAUCUACCAUCUCCAUUGCACUGGGAUUUGCCGGUUUCCUGUUUCUCGGGUUAUCCUCUUUGCUUUCGGGUUUUCGGGUCGUUUGUUUUGUUAUCAACGGCUCUCGUUUUCAUUUCUAAACACAUCCUACCGCGGAAAAAUAUUUUUGAUUUCGCUACUUAUAUCUAAUGGUCCUUUCAUCUUUUUUUUCCUUUCAAGUUGAUCCUUUAAUUUAUAUAUUUUCAAAAGUUUUAAUUUAAAUCCUAAAUUUAUAUAAGUUCAGCCCCAUGAAUUUUUUGCGGUUUGUUGUUGAUAUGAUCUUCGAAAAGUCUUUAUUACGUCAUUGAACUUUCAUUUUAGUGUGAAAUAGUGUCUGGGAUUCAGCAUAUUUAAUUUUCUUUUUCUUUUUUUUUUUAAAUUGCAUUUAUCUAUCAUGUGCGAUUUUGAAUUUUGUCUAAUUAAUCCUCAAACUCUUUGGUAACUUUGAAGAGAUCGCAAAAGUCAGGAGGCUAUAGGAACGAAACUGAAAAUUAACAUAUCUACCGCCUACCAAGCUGAAAGUUUAAAAGACCAUUCUUAACUUAUUAGAUAUUUCCGAAGGUUGAAUAGCUAAUUAGGCAUAAACCGUACAAUUUAGGGAUUGAACUUAUAUUCACCCUUUGUUGAUAAAACGAGGAUAGACAGAAAUGAUUUAAUUGAAAUUUUGAAAAAUUAAGGAUCGAAUUGAAAAAUUACACAAAAAAGAUUUUGGACCAUUUGAUAUGUUUGGCCAUUGGAAUAUCUGUUCUUCACUGUUUAUUCCGCUGUGUCGGUUCUUUCUUUUCUUUGUAGGGUGUACUAUUGUAUUGUUUUCUACGGAGACGACGUGUCGUUUCUGGCCUCAUUUUUAACAUUUGGGUAAAUUCUUUUGUGCAUAGUCAAUAGACUCAUAGUAUUAGUAGCUCCCCUGUGUAGGAAUUUUUUUUUCCAGGUUUAUGAUAGAGAAUAAAGUUCAUUUAUUUGUUGAAGGAUUUUAUUAUUAUGGAGACUCGAAUUUUUGUAGUUAUUGCUUGUUAUGAUGGUUAAAAGUAGACAACUCCCUUUAGAUUUCCUUUGCUGAACUAGUAUUAUGAGCAAGGUUUUGCAACUUGGUUCAAAAAUUGCCUUUAUAGGUUUUUAGUAGAUGUGUUUGGUCCAAAAGCUCGAGGGUGGAGUUGUAAAGUUUUAUAGUUGGACUCACAAUCUCCUACCGAAUUGGUUCACGAGGUGAAAAUAUAUGACGGGGAGACAAUUGUCACUCCACAUAUCUCUA